AUGUUAUAUACAGCUUAUUAAAAUAAAUAACUUAAAGUAUGUUACGAUUUAGAAACAAGUAAUAGUAUGAAGAUUUUAAGAAGUAUUAAAAAAGGAACAACUAUUGCAAAUAUUUGUGAAGAUAAUUUAUCAAAUCUGAAUAUGUUUAUAGAUAGAACGGAGAUUGAUAUUUAUGUAAAAGAGGUAUCAAAUUAAAAGUAAAUAAAACCUACUUUAUAAUAAUUAUUAAAUGAAUUACAGAUUAGAAUAACUGAAUUAUAAAACUUAUCUUAAAUGGAAUAAGAAUAAAAUUAAAGUGAUAAUAGUGAUGAUUGGUAACCUGAUAAUGAGUAAGAUGAGGAAGACGAUUCUACAUAAUAAUAGUGA